UCCUAGCUACCUAGGUUGAUAAUAUCCAAUGACAUGAUCUGAACCUCGGACUGACGUUUUGCCCGCCUCCCCGACUCCUUCUCAUCAGGGACGGUCGUCGAGAUAAUGAAGCUCUUAAACGUUUCAACUUUGACUUGCAAAACUGUUGAAACUCUGUUGUUUACCCACCUAAGACUUUCCAUCAACGCCAUCAAUUUUAUCUCUUAAACCUGACCUCGCUGUAAGGCCGCCUAGGUAGAUAUACAUUACGUGAGACUAUUCCAACACCAGCGUGAUGCGUCCAUCACAGAUACUUCGAAGCAGCGAGAUCCCUAUUGGCAAAUAUGGCCAUUUCUUAAACAAAGAUACAUGGGGUAAUCUUGGUUGUAUUAUACGCCAGAAAGGCAUAAUCACAUAUACUAUUAGCCCAAAUCGCCAGAAGAUCUUUGCGGGUGCUUUUCACGACGCUGUGUUCAAUACCUGGCGUCGGUUCACCUCUCAAGUGUUAUACUGGGCGCCGCCCCUCCUCGCUGCGUAUUACGCUAUGGAUUGGGCUAACAAGAGAAACGAGUAUCUUAAUAGUAAAGCGGGAAGGGCUGAGUUCAAAGAAGGUUAAGUCAGAUACAGAUGAUACAACAGGAAUACUGGCUAGUACAGGGCUCUACUGUCAGGUAUAUAAAGAGUCGCCAGCCCCCGGAGGAAGGUUGGAAGGCUAGGCGUUUCUAGAUAUCGACAAUAGAGUGCAUACUAGCCCCUGGCACUCGCUCUGCAUACGACAUCUAUCAUGGGCAUAAUCAGAAAUAUAAAAAGUAAUGAAAAAUCUAAAAGCACUAAAGGAUUUCUAGUUUGUCACUAACCGCUCCUCCGGAUACCUUGAUAGCAUCCUUAAAGAACUCGGUAGUUUAAGAUUAGCCCGGGGUCUCAUACUAAAAUUUGUCAGUCAAGUCUAAAUAGCAUCUCUCAUCAGUAUUCUCUCGAAGCAAUUCAUCACAAUAAAGCGACGGAAUCGCC